AUGUCAGAGUCCUUCCAGAAAUCAGACUGAAUGGCCUGGAAUAAUCAGUCAGUCAUAACUGAAUUCAUACUACAGGGUCUCUCCAGUUCUUGGGAACUCCAGAUCUUCUAUUUCCUGUUUUUCUCCAUAGUAUAUGCAGCCACUGUACUGGGUAACCUCCUUAUUGUGCUCACCAUCCUGUCAGAGCCACGCCUUCACUCACCCAUGUACUUUUUGCUGGGCAAUCUCUCCUUCAUUGACAUGUCUCUGGCUUCAUUCGCCACCCCCAAAAUGAUUGCAGAUUUCCUCAGUGAGCACAAAGCCAUCUCUUUUGAAGGCUGUAUCACUCAGAUAUUUUUCCUGCAUCUUUUAGGGGGUGCUGAGAUUGUGCUGCUGAUAUCUAUGUCUUUUGAUAGGUACGUGGCUAUAUGUAAACCUUUACGUUACUUAACCAUUAUGAGCCGAAGAAUGUGCAUUGGGCUUGUAACACUUUCCUGGAUUGUUGGCAUUUUCCAUGCUCUGAGUCAGUUAGCAUUUACUGUCAAUCUGCCUUUCUGUGGGCCCAAUGAAGUGGAUAACUUCUUUUGUGACCUCCCCUUGGUGAUAAAACUUGCCUGUGUAGACACAUACAUUCUGGGAGUGUUCAUGAUCUCAACCAGUGGCAUGAUUGCCCUGGUGUGUUUCAUCCUCUUGGUGAUUUCCUACACUAUCAUCCUGGUCACUGUUCGGCAACAUUCCACUGGUGGGUCCUCUAAAGCACUGUCUACUUGCAGUGCCCACUUCACCGUUGUGACCCUUUUCUUUGGCCCAUGCAUUUUCAUCUAUGUAUGGCCUUUCACAAAUUUCCAAAUAGACAAAGUGCUCUCAGUGUUUUAUACCAUUUUCACUCCCCUCUUGAAUCCAGUGAUCUAUACCUUUAGAAAUAAAGAUGUCAAGGAUUCCAUGAGAAAACUUAGCAGACAUAUCUUUAAGUCUAGGAAGACUGAUCUUACCCCUUGA